GACACUCUCACCACAUGAAAUCAUUCGGCAUCGCAAAAAGCGGAACUCAGUAUUCUUCAACACUGACCAUUCAAGCCAACGAAGCUUGGCACGUAUUGGCAAACAUAGAAAUCUAUGGAACAAUCGUUGGAAUACGAGGAGAUCGGCAUCUGUACGGUACUCAGUAUCUAAUUAUAGAUUCGCCUGCAUCUGACGUAGUCAACAAAGUGCGAAGGACGGAUACAUCCCUCACUGCCUCCAUUCUCUCGUACUCGCUUUAACGAUGAGUGAGACUUUCUUUAUGUAAAUUUAUUACUCCAAAGCGAUAGAAAUGCGGAGGAAUAAGCAUAAGAUUGAGGCGUCCGGAAGAUGCACAGGAUACCGCUUCGAUGCCAAGAUUUUCGUACCCGCACAGCCUUGCAUACCACUUGCAUAUACCGCUGUUCUUCUCGUAUUUGCUGAGAGGAGACUCUGCUGAUGCGGCUAUGAAAAGUGUUGACAGACAUCAUCUGAUUUAGGUGCAAUGGGAUGUUUCUCGUAAUUGACAAUGCACACAAUGCGGUCCGGGUAGGUACCCCGCUAUCACGAGUUUCGAUGGAUGGGAGGAGGCGAGAUAUACGGAAACUUAUCUGGUGAAUCAUUGGGGCGGAGGUGAGGCUAAGAUGAGGGGUUUUUGAGGGGUAGAAGGUAUAUAAGACAUGAUGUGCGCCGUGAUGGAAUAUCAUUAUCAACAUCAACAUCUACACACAUAUCUACAAUAACUUCCACCUCACAAACAAACAAACAAACAAACCAACCUCACCACCUCAACCACACAAAUUCAAAAUGCAAUUCCCAACUCUCGCUACUCUCCUCACCUUUGCCGUCAGCGCAACAGCCAUCACCGUCUCCUACGACGUUGGCUACGAUGAUGCCAGCCGAUCUCUCGCCGUAGUCUCCUGCUCCGACGGAAGCAACGGACUCCUCACCAAGGGCUACACCACCCAAGGUUCCCUCAAGAACUUCCCCAACAUUGGUGGUGCAUCCGUCGUCGCCGGCUGGAACGAUGCCAACUGUGGCAGCUGCUAUCAAUUGAGCUAUGGAGGAAGAAGCAUCAAUGUCCUCGUCAUUGACCAUGCAGGCGCGGGAUUCAACAUUGGAGAACAAGCACUUAACACUUUGACCGGUGGACAAGCAGCUGCUCUCGGAAGAAUUGAUGCUUCUUACACCCAAGUCGACAAGAGUGCUUGUGGAUUGUAAAUGGUUGGAGGAGUCCAGAAUGCAAGCACGGGGAUAGGAAGUGGAAGAAUGGGAUAGGGGAUGAUGAAGACGGAGAUGGAGAUAGCAUUGGCGAUGGGAGUAAUGGUGUUUAUGACGGACGAUUAACGAGUAUGAAUAUUUUAAAGCAAGAUAAUAAUGAUAAUGCAAGUUUUGCUACCUAAUCUUUGCCCCAUCCGCGCAUUUUGAAUAUGAUGCA